CAUUAAAAAAACAAUGGCGGCGCCCACAAAAGUACAGAUCUUAUCCUUGUACAAACAACUUUUAAGAGAAAGUAAUAAGUUGUCAGAUUAUAACUUUAGAAUGUAUGCCUUGAGACGAACAAAAGAUGCAUUUAAAGAAAACAAAGCAGAGACUAAUGUUACCAAAAUACAAGACCUGGUUGCAAAAGCUAAAGAAAAUUUAGAUAUUCUGAAACGCCAAGCACUUAUCAGUCAUUUAUUUGGAUCUAAUAAGCUUGUCAUAGAAAAACCAGCCACACCAACAAAUAUUUAAGUUUUUGUGAAACAAAAAUUACUUUGAUCUGGUUCAGUCAAGUAAUACACAGUAGCUGUUUCCAGCUGAUGUUUUGAAAGAACAAGGCAACAGAGUUUUCUUUACUUAGUACUAUUUAAAAUAUGUUUAAAAAUUUGGAAUUUAAAAUUAGGCUUUCCUUUUCUAAGUUAAUCCAAAAUAGUGCCUCUAAAUAGAUCUAGUAUAUUUCAGAAACUGCAAACCAAGACUGCCAUAUCCAGUCCUGAAAAUAUUAAUGAAUUUGUAACUUGUGUGAUAAAAAACACAUUAAUCUUUAUAUAGUUUUUUUUUUUGUUAUUAAGUUUGUAAAUUCUAGGUAUAAAUACUGAUGUACUGUCUUGUAAGACAAAAAUAAAACCAUUUUUUAAAAUUGUGUUAUUAAAACAAUCUUUCAAAUGUUCAAUUUCAAUUCUUCUAUUAAAAUAAAGGCGAAAACACUUUUUUAUAACACUUCAGCAAAAUGUAAUUGACGACUUAUUACUGUCUUUCGUUAAAUUUAUGUUCUUAGUUUUAUUUAACAAAGAACAAUCUAUAUAUAUUUUUUAUCCUUUUUUUUUCCUUAUACCUAAUCACUAAAGUAGUUGUCAAUCUUCAUCAAUUAAACUAUGUGGAAAUCAAGAAAGAAAUCUGUAGAUAACUGUAAACUGUCUUCAUGUUGACAUUUCUUAUAGUGGAAAACAUCCCUUCCUUGUCUAAAAUACAGUUUAAAAGGGGUAAAACAAACAUCAAUGCUGAUCUUUACCAAAUUGUAGGUUGUGAUGAUGAUGAAAUAAUUGCUCAUUAAGUAGUUCUCAGGUUGUUUUCCACUUAUGAAAUAAAAGUUAUUUAUUAUGCUUGAAGCUUUUUGUAUCAAGCAUAUAUGAAGAUGGUGAUGUGUGUGUGUGCUUCUUCGUCGGAAUACAGUUGACUAAGAUAUUGUUUGCAUAUACAGAUGAGUGUGUGUGCCCAUUUGUGUGUGUGUGUGCAUCAUCAGGUAGUGAUUUAGUUUCACUUUAGCUUACCAGUUAUGAUGAGGGUAAUGUUUCUUUUUUUGUGCAAAUCAUACUCACUUUUUUUCUAAUAAACACAGACAGUGCUUUGUGUUUACACCAUUUGUUAUAAUAAAUUAUCUAUUCUGAAAUGUUUUUUUUACAAAGAAAAUAAAGUUCCUUUAAAUUAUUAUGA